UUUUCAUUUUCAUUUUCUUCCGACCUCCCAAAAGUGUAGAAUAUUGAAUAAACAAAACGGGAAAGGAGAAACACGUAAGCGUUAAAUCCAUGCGCCGCCAGCACGCUGCUAACCCUAGCAGCUGCAUUUCUCUAUAAGUAGCCAACGCAACACACCCAUUAUCGAUUCUUUCUUCUCUGAAUUCGUUUACUAUUCUGCUAUGGCGACCAACUGUGAUAAUUCUCGGUCGCCGUAAUGGCGUAUUUAUGUGCUUCGCCGAUCAUCCUGUUAGACAGCCACCCGUAAACUGAUUCCUCCUUUUAUCUAUAAGCUGCUCACAAGUAAAGAUUAUUGUUGCUGACCUGCUGUCAUUAUUUAACAUGCCUAAAGAUCGACGAGAACGUUCUUUGUCCAUGGAUAGGUCAACGCUAUCCCCUUUCCCUUGCAGCUCUGGUUGUCCUAAACAUUUCUUGCCAAUAAACCCCCUAGAAGAUGAGAAGAAUAUGAAAGAAUGGGAAGAAGCUCGAUGUCCAGUUUGUAUGGAACAUCCACACAAUGCUAUUUUACUUAUCUGUUCGUCACAUGACAAAGGAUGCCGACCUUUUAUGUGUGACACAAGCUACCGCCACUCAAAUUGCUUUGACCAGUUUCGGAAGUCAUUCAAUGAUUCUUCAGCAGGGGUACUGAGAGAUCGCGAUGUACAGGACUUGACAUCUCCAUUGCUGUCUGCCCCACCUUUAUCAGAAGGUGCUAUGCCCGAGUUGGAAGGGGAGAGAUAUUUAGAUGGAUCAUUGUCCAUGCUCGCAGAGCCUUCCGAUAAGCCAGUAAAGCCAGAACUGCUCUGCCCUCUUUGCCGAGGCCAAAUAAAUGGUUGGACAGUUGUUGAUUCGGCUCGUUAUUUCAUGAAUGCGAAAGCAAGAAGUUGUGCUUGUGAGACGUGCGAUUUCAGUGGUACAUACAAAGAUCUCCGAAAGCAUGCAAGAGCUGUACAUCCCCUUGUAAGGCCAACGGAUGCUGAUCCCGAGAGGCAAGAUAACUGGAGGAGAUUAGAACGGCAGAGGGAUUUGGGAGAUUUACUUAGUACUCUUCAAUCUUCAAUAGGAGAAGAGAGGAGCAGUGAAAGCACACUAACUGUUGACGAGGGUGGUUGGCUGACUGUGUUUUUCCUUGUUCGAUUUAUUCGUCCAGGAAACUCCUCUACAAGAUCAAGCACCUCAAGAGCUCGUGCUCAAGUGGCCGUGCGAAGAUCACUGAGACAUUGGGGUGAGACAUAUGAUGGGGAAGAAGCUGAUUCAGCCGAGGAGGGUAAUGAAUCUCCUGAUAGUGGUCGAACUACCACUCGUAGGAGGCGCUAUGUCAGAAGACGCUUAAAUGAGCCCGAGAACAACGAGUGAUACGGCAAGCGGAGGGAGAUUCAAGGACUGGCAUCCUUGUUGUAUUUCAUAAUAUUUGGUUUAGUUAUGCUUUACCACCUUUUUCCUUCAAUUGCUGUAUUGUUCCUUCUUAAAGCCGAAUUACAAAUACUUGUUUUUCUUCUUUCUCGAUACACUGUAAUAUAGGGUGGAGUAUGGGAUGAUGAUUUGUAAAUGAAAAGUGUAAGUUGAUUAUUCAUGAGUAAUUGUUGCUGCGAUUUUGGGAAA